GUCGAAAGUCCGACAGUCGAUUCCCAUGGUGACCAGCAUUGUGAAGGUUCAUCAGUUUAGCAUGGCCGUGAGCGGCCUGCUCUGUACGAUCGCCGCUGUGUGGAGCUUCGUGAACGACUCGUAUGGGGGCUCCUUCCAAGGCAGCGUGGCGCGGAUCUCGUUGCGCGUGUUUCAGAUUGCCCUUUCCCUUGUGCUGCUUGCCACGACGGGCUUGGGCUUGAAGCGGCCGCUCAAAUGGUUUGGGCUGUUGGAAAGUUAUGUUGGAAGUGGCUUGUACGCGAUCUUCCUUGGGUUUUUUACGUUGAGCCUCGGCAACAACUUUGGCCUGUACUCCACUGUCACCAUCCUCGCGGUGGGCUUUCUCAGUGUAUGCUACGGCCUGGUCGUCAAGGACGAGAGCCACGACUAUCCCCCUCUCUUGGCUUAAACCUCCAAACUGUGGUGACGCAAUGCGCGAAAUUAACUUGUAAUAGCACAUCCCCCCCUUGAACUACCUGGUAUUGUACACAUUGCUGCAUUCCUUUAUCCUUUGGCUACCUCAGGCAUGCGGACACUUUAAAUCCAGCUCUGGCGUCACCGCUUGGUAAGAUCCAUGUCAUUCGAAUGACCAAAGGUC